AUGCCCCCGGAAGAUAUGGCCCAGCCGGAUUUUGCCUACAGACCAUCAGCCAUGUCCAACGGACCGUGGAACUCAUCGCGGAGGUACGGACCGCUCCCACCAUCUGCAGACGCCCCGAGAAGGACAGGAGAACUGACCGACGAGAAAAGUUCGAUGUACAAUGAUACAUUUCCGCCCGCCGGAGGUUUCGAUAACGGCUACUACCGUUCAUCAAGUGUGUCCACGUACUCUCCCGGAGCCAGUAGCUACAACCUACCGAUUGGAACCAAUCCUCAUGCUGGUGCCGCUGCCGCCGCCGCCGUUGCGGCGCCCCCGGCAUACGGCUCUCGGCCAGCAUCUGGCACUUAUGGCACCAGUGGUGCCGGUGGUUACGGCUCGUACAAGGGUACGGCUUCCCAAGCCUGGGACCAUCAGGAAAGAUACUCCCCGACGGAUUCAGUCGACGACAUUAUCGCCUCUCCGAACCUUUCUGACUACUCCCUCGAGAAUGGUACCGGUGCGACACCUCCAAGCAAGGGCAAAGUGAAUGGAAAGGGCCGGCCUCAACGCCGACCAUCAAACAGGGACGAAUUCGACGGCCCUCAUCAGUUUCUUGCUCGUCCUCCGCCAGAGUACAUUGCUAUGCAAGAACGCGAAUUACCUCAUCUUCCCACGAACCUGCACGUUCAAGAGCAGGACUUGGUCCUUACGCAGGUCAACGACCGACUCUCCCAGUGCGCAUACGAUUUUGUCGCGAAAUACCAAUUUCCGAUUCCUUUGACGCAGGACAUGAGGCCCGUAGAGCGUCCUCAGGACAGAGAGUGGACGGAAUGGGUGUAUCUUCUGAAGCGUCUGGCGACCAAGCGCCGCAUCCCAGCGCGGGUACUGUACAACGGACAGAUCAAGCAGUUCGUGACGAUUCUCGAGAACUCGCUAGAAAUGCGACACGCGGCCAAACACCAGAGCAGGCCACUCAAGGACGACCGCAACAUCCUACAGCUCAUCUCGGCGGGCAUCCAGGUUGCCAAAAUCCUCAAGGACGCGAGCGCCAUGGACUACCUCGACCGACUAUACGUUUCUACGGAGAAGCAGAUUCAGGAGCGUGCCGCGACACGGUUCAGAAGCUGA